CGGCAUGGACAAAUCUAAUUAUCUCGUUUCCUGCUGCUAAAAUGUUAGACCUUAACGCUCCCUAUCGUCCCAGCGUAUCCUGCUCCUUCGGAUAUAAAUAUCCAUACUUGGCUGGUAUCGCGCAACAGUAUCGUAUGAAAACCGAUCGAUCUCGUUUCGAGAAUUAAAUCGCGAUAAAGAUGAACACCCUCGUCACCGUUACUUGUCUGCUGGCCGUUGCGAGCGUUGUACGUGGAUACGAUCAAGACACCAUAGUCGCAAAGUACAUGGAGUAUUUGAUGCCCGAUAUAAUGCCAUGCGCCGACGAACUUCACAUUUCGGAAGAUAUCGCAACGAAUAUACAAGCGGCGAAAAAUGGAGCCGAUAUGUCGCAACUUGGUUGCUUGAAAGCCUGCGUGAUGAAACGAAUAGGCAUGUUGAAAGGCACGGAACUUAACGUAGAGCCGGUGUACAAGAUGAUAGACGUGGUUCACGCAGGCAACGCGGAUGAUAUCCAAUUAGUAAGAGGGAUCGCAAAUGAGUGCAUCGAGAAUGCCAAAGGGGAGACGGACGAAUGCAAUAUCGGUAACAAGUAUACCGACUGCUACAUCGAAAAGCUGUUCUCGUAAAAAAAAGAAAGAAAAAAAAGAAAAA